GGAACCAUUUCUUCCAGCCAUGAACUCCUCGUUUCAACUGAGUUUCUUGGAUCUUACUCCGAAUGCCACAGAGGACAACAAUUUGGGACCAAAUGCCAAGAACAUGUCUUCAGCCUGUGCAGACAUGGGCAUCGCUGUGGAGGUGUUCCUAACUCUGGGUCUUGUCAGCCUCUUAGAGAACAUCCUGGUCAUUGGGGCCAUAGUGAAAAACAAAAAUCUGCACUCACCCAUGUACUUCUUUGUGGGUAGUUUAGCAGUCGCUGACAUGCUGGUGAGCAUGUCCAAUGCCUGGGAGACCAUCACCAUAUACUUGAUAAAUAAUAAACAUCUGGUGAUAGCAGACACCUUUGUGCGUCACAUCGACAAUGUGUUUGACUCCAUGAUCUGCAUUUCUGUUGUGGCCUCCAUGUGUAGUUUGCUGGCCAUUGCAGUGGACAGGUACGUCACCAUCUUCUACGCCUUGCGCUACCACCACAUCAUGACAGCGAGGCGCUCGGGGGUGAUUAUUGCAUGCAUAUGGACUUUUUGCAUAAGCUGUGGCAUUGUUUUCAUCAUUUACUAUGAAUCCAAGUCUGUCAUAAUUUGCCUCAUCUCCAUGUUCUUCACCAUGCUGUUCUUCAUGGUGUCUCUCUAUAUACACAUGUUCCUUCUGGCACGGAACCACGUCAAGCGCAUAGCAGCUUCCCCCAGAUACAGUUCUGUGAGGCAAAGGACCAGCAUGAAGGGUGCCAUUACCCUCACCAUGCUACUGGGGGUUUUCAUUGUGUGCUGGUCUCCCUUCUUCCUUCACCUCAUCCUAAUGAUUUCAUGCCCCCAGAAUAUCUAUUGUUCUUGCUUUAUGUCUUACUUCAACAUGUACCUUAUCCUCAUCAUGUGCAAUUCUGUGAUUGAUCCUCUGAUAUAUGCCUUCCGCAGCCAAGAGAUGCGGAGGACCUUUAAAGAGAUCAUUUGUUGUCAUGGCUUCAGACUAAUUAGUAGGCUCUUUGGCAGGUGUUAAACACGUUUCCCUCUCUGGCUCUCAUCCCUCAGUCAAUUAGGUUCAGCCAGAGGAUAAGCAAGGUCUCUAGGGAUCUCAAAUGUAUUCUCCUUUAUUUCUUCUGCUGUUCAAACUUUCUUUUUAAACUCGUGUUCACUGUGUAUCAAAGCUAUGCACAUGGGGAUUGUCUCCAUCAUGGGAAUGGUCUGUGACAUGUAUCUUUUAAUGUCUUACUCUUUCUCUACUUCCCAUUCCAUUUCUAGGAGGCUUUACCAUCCUCUACCUGACCUGAUAAGUGACCUUACAAGAUGUAUAAUAUCCUGGGUGAGCUGUUAUUGAAAGAAACACUGUGGAGGUCUAUGACACCAGGAGUGGCUUUGUUGUUUUCUUUUCUCAUGAGAGGUGGACACACCUUUUGCAUUCUUUUCAGGAAUGGAGAGGCAUCCAGAUCCUUUCCAUUUGAAACUUCUGUUUUAUUUGCUACAGGCGCCCAUACAGCUCUCCUAUCCUAGACUUCUCAUUUAUAGCUUAUGUUUAGAAUUGUCUCAGGAUCAACCUUAACUCCCCAUUCUUCCAUCCAUCAUAGUUUUGGGCUUAUUCAGACAGAAAAUUCUGUGCUACAAACCUUGCUUCUUGUGAAAAAUCCCCAUGACUCUUUCCCCCUGUCUUAUUUUGACUCAGUUCAGCAUUGCCAAGAAAUGGUUUGGGGUCACAUCAGGUACACUCCCACCCUCACUCCAAGGAGCACGGGCCCGUGGUCACACUAGACUGGCUUUCUCCCACAUUGUCUUUCAGCAUCUCUUGGUGUCUGAUGCUUUGUCACUAUAUGCUCUGCCCUGUUUUAACCUGACUCAAGCAGUUGUCAAAGGCCCAUGCUACAGCAAAGAAACACCAUGCUCUCCAGUCUGGCAUGAAGGAGAGGAACGCAAGCUCAGGUACUAACUGCCAUCCCUUAAUUUCACUCCAGGCUCCACAUCUGUGCUGACCUCCCAGGAUGGCCCAAAGAACUACCUGGGAAAAAAAUGGGAGAACUUCUUGUAAAAUUCAAAAAACACAUAGGAUUCUCUUUUUAUGUAAAAGAACUGACCCACAGGGGCUACCACACACAGACACGAAGGGAGGAUUCAUGUGUUGGUGGCCAGGGCAGUGUUUGGACACCCAGACAUGCUUUGCUCAGCUGAGCCAGUGGCCCUCUGGGUCCCAGUGUUCUCAUCUGAAGGGAAGGGUAGAGACUCUGAGCUUACAGGCUCCAUUAUUGCAGUAGUAUCUUGUUUUUAGUAUUUUCUCUUUCACUGGACACUUGGCACCUAGACUGUUUGCAAAUGAAAGAAAAAAUGUAAAUGAAGCAAUGGGUAGUGAGGUCAUCCCUCAGUGAGCUACUGGUGUAAGAGGGACCCUUUCUACAGAAGAUUUUUAAAGGCAGAAGAACUUUCAAAUAUAGUUAUAUAAACAGCUUGUGGACGUGACUACCUACCUCUCUAGGAGCUCAGUAUAGAAAAAAAAAAUGUGCUGGUAUUUACAGCAAAGUGCACGAGAUGUCCAAAUCUUUACAAAAUGGCAAAUUAACAAGUUGUGUGCAACUGAUUUGCAAAGAGCAUCUAGUCUUUCAAAAUGUUUCCUGCUCAUUUGUAUUUGCUGAAAAUUAGCCAAAUCUACGAAUACGAAGUAAACGUUCUCAUUGUAAGCAUUAGAGAAAACAGAGGCCAUUGUCACCAUGGAUGUCACAGAGAUAUGGGUUGUAUGCAGGCUUCCUCUCAUCUGUACAGAGCAAGUACUUGUAACUGCUUGUAAUUUCCAUGUUGACUCUUCUGCCUAUCACAGUUGAGUAUUAAACAAAGUGACUAGAGUUGCAGUCGUAUAAUAAGACGUUGAUCUUUGUGGUUACCCUCUUCAUCUGGACACUGAACUCUCAGUAGGCUAAUUCUCUGCUCUGGGUGCUAAAUGGCUUACUACAAAUCCUAACCUUUAUAUUGAGGUAUCUAAGAAUAUAUUCAACUGCAUUUUAAACUCGAUGUAAACAAAAUAGCCCUUGUGUUCAAAUGUGGUUACUUUGGGGAAAAUAUAUGCAUUUAGUAACUUGUUAAAUUUUUGCAAGUAAGUCAACCUCUGGCACUCAAAAUGAAGUCCCCUUAACAGAAAAAAAAUAUACAUAUGUGUCAAAUAUGUACCGUUGUAUGUUAACUUUCUGAUUCUGUGGGAAAUAUAUUUGUAUGAAGUCCCCUUAACAGAAAAAGAAAACACCUACAUGUCAAACAUGUAACAUUGUAUGUUAACUUUAUGUUUCUAAGAGAAAUUUAUUUGCUGUAAAAUAUGUGUUCAAAAAAUGGUUAGUAAAGUGAAAGAAUGAAUCAAUUAAAAUAUAGUAUUAAAUGUAUAAAUUAUAAU